AUAAUGAGUGGAGAGAGAAAGAGAGAGGCACAGAGAUAGCAGCAGAUGGACUGCUGCACACUGACGGACUGUAUGUGUGACAAAUAACAGAGGAGUGUUUGUGUUUGUGUUUGUGUGUAUAGGAUCAUGGUUGUGAAUGGGUGAGUGUCUUUCAUGUGCUCUGGUAUUGGAUGCAGAGAACAAUAAUCCUCCUGGAGAAAAGGACACAGAGUGGACAGCAGACUGAGCACGCUCCACACUUCAGCUGCUUUCAGUGCAGGUGCAAGCUCAGCAGUCUGUGGUGAGACUCAUGUCAGUGUAGGAGUUUCUCCAUAAAUGCUGGAGACUGUAGCGGGACACCACGGUCACAUCUUGUUUUUACUUUAGCCUGAGAGGACACAUUUGUCUUCAUCAGCAGCCAGGACUGUUUGCAGUUUGCACCUUUGGGAGCACGAGAAGACGCCAUAGACAAGAUUCUCUAUGAUGAAGAUGAGUCUGGACCCGGUGCAGGUGAUGAGCGGACAGGUCAAGGAGCUCAGAGUUACCCCCUCGUCCAACGGAGACAGCAGAGGAUCAUGGGAGGAGAAGGAAGAGUUUGAUCAGGAUAACUUGGGCCUCGGCACCAGGCCAAAACCAGUGACAGGGAGACGAGCCCGGAAGGUGGAGGGAGGCGUGUUCUUCCCAAAGCCUGAGAACGCAGUGACCGUUGCCGUUUCCUCUCGCGUCCUUUUUCGGACUGAGCGUGAGCAGAAGGUGUUUGAGCAGGAAGGAGUGGAGGAGUAUCUGAGAUUCCAGAUCGAACACGAGAACGAGCCCUUUGCCCCUGGGCCAGCUUUCCCAUUUGUCAAAGCUCUGGAGACAGUCAACACUGGUCUGCGGGAGCUGUACCCACAAAGUGAAGAGCUGUUUGACAUUGUUUUGGUGACAUACAACCACGCACACGUAGGAAUACGACUUAUCAACACCAUCAACCAUCACAACUUGUUCAUUGAGAGGUUUUGCAUGACGGGGGGAAGCAGUCCUAUCGGCUACCUGAAGGCCUGGCAAACCAACCUCUACCUGUCCGCUGACGCUGACAAGGUCAGGGAGGCACUGGCUGAGGGCAUCGCAGCAGCCACCAUGUUCAUGCCAGAGAAGCAGACGGAGGUAUCAGAGUCCCAGCUGAGGGUGGCGUUCGACGGAGACGCUGUCCUCUUCUCUGAUGAGUCGGAGCGCAUCUUCAAGGCCCACGGGCUGGACAAGUUCUUCGAACACGAGAGGGAGAAUGAGGACACGCUGUUGGAUCAUGGUCCCCUGAAGGGCUUUCUGGAAGCACUGGGGAAGCUCCAAAAAAAGUUUUACGCCAAAGGCAAACGCAUGGACUGCCCCAUCCGGACCUACUUGGUGACAGCUCGCAGCGCGGCCAGCUCUGGGAUUCGGGCGCUGAAGACGCUCCGGGCGUGGGGCUUGGAGAUUGAUGAGGCCCUGUUUCUGGCGGGAGCCCCGAAGGGCCCAAUGCUGGAGAAGAUCAGGCCUCACAUCUACUUCGACGAUCAGAUGUUUCACGUGGAGGGAGCGGCCGAGAUGGGCACCAUCGCUGCCCACGUGCCCUACGGCAUUGCACAGAAACACAACGCCAAACAGAUACCCGGUGUGGGGAAGUAGACAGCAAGACUCAGGAUUAAGCUGGAAACGGAACAAGAGAAGAAGUGUGGAGUGGAGGACGUCUGGAGAGAUUGGAAAGAUGACAUUUUAUUGUAUGUGGAAAUGUAUCAUUUCCACAAUGUAGGAAUUGUAUUUUAAGUGUCUUUUAUCACUGUGCAAACUGUUUUAGCUUAUAAUCUUAGUCCAGGUAGAGGUCAAGUAGAGGUCUGGUACCUGAGGUGGCAUGUUAAAGUGUUUCGUGUUAACUUGAUUCAUAUGCAUGGGUGCAUAUAACUUUUUUUGUCUGGUUCUCGAGAGAUCAGCGGGAGAAGAAUGACACUUUAACGUGGUAUUAUUUAUUUUUGAGGGAAAAAAAUCAAAAAUGUAUCAGAUUAAUGAAUCAAUCACAUUUUAAUUUGCAUAUAUUCACAAGCCUUAUUCACAAACCAAAUUUUGCUCAUAGGGCUCAACAAAGUGCGACAUCCUCUGAGGCUGAGGAAAAACGACACCAAAAAACUUUUGACAGGGAGAAAAACACAGAAACUCAGAGGGAGUCAAAGGUGAGGGAUCCCUCUCUCUCAGGGCGGACAGAUGUACAACAGAUGUCACGUGUAAUGGAGCACAUCAACAAAAACAACAAUUUUUACAACACUCGUGGGAAAAAAUGUGUUUAUCAUAACUACAGAGGUAUCAGUGUUAAAAGUGUUAAAAGAGCAAGUCUGAGGAGCAGCACUGACAAGUGUAAUGAUAGAGGUACUGUCAGUAAUGGUAGUACACAUGAGUAGUCACAUUGUAUAUCUAAGCAAUCUAGUUGUAAUCAUAAUCCACGAUCAGAUGACGGACCUGCAACGUUAAAGCACAAGGACUCCGGGGACGAAGUCAAGUCAGUAAUGAAAGGAUUCAUAUCUAAUUUGGAGCUCAUGAAUUGGUCAUCUCAGUUGACCAGCCUUGUCCCUGUCAGCUUCACUGUCUUUCCUGUACCUGUGUAUCAGCGGUCCAGUAGGUACCAUCAGCUCAUCACUGCUGGGAGCAGAAGAGGGAGACCAUCUAUUCAUUUGAAUGGUAUGAAACUUUCCGAGUUCCACCAAGGAAUGUUCUGUUAAUGCUGCGGUUAUGUGCACCCCUGUAUGUGUCUACACAGGAAUUUCAAAGGUGCUUGAUUGCCAUGGCAACCUGAACCUCUUACUCUCACUACCGCAUGCAUUCAUGAGGAAGAAGCCUCUUCAGCUGGAGGAUUACAGAGUGAAUGGAUUCGCUGUUUAAGUAAAGCACAGACUUGACUCUUUCAGUGAUUGAGCCAUAAGCACAAUGCAGAGACACUAUAAGGUUUAAUGUUACAGUGCUGUGCAUGAGAGUCCUGACUCAAAGUUUAUGUUUCAUUCAUUUCAGAUUGACUUCAUGAGAAUGUGACACUGCUAGACUACUAUGCAAAAAGUAUUUAGCGUAUGUUACUGCAGAUAGAGAUAUUAUAUACUAGUGUUUGUCCAAAAUAAAUAUAGGAAGCCAUACAUUUCAGUUGGGGCCUUAAAUUCAAGUAAGACACAGAUUUCAACCAGACCAGCAGUUUGGUCAGUGCAGCACUUUGAAUUGUGCGAUGCAUUCAAAUUCAGUGCAGACAGUAAUAGUCACGACAAUGAAUCCUCCAAAAUCCAUGAGUUAUUUCCAUCACCACUAAGGUGAGUGUCCUCAAAGGCCAUCUGAGGUCAGCACAGGACAGAGCAGCCUGAUCAAGAUGGAGGGAAUUCUGAUCAUUCUGUUCUGAAAUGGAAUGAAAUGUUUGAUAAGAACUCGCUCAGGCCGAAAUGGAAGGUGACAAUUUGACCCCAGUGUCAAAUGUUUUAAAUUUACAUUUGAGGAUUUUACUGCAAAACAGAAGUGUAUUUGUUUCAAACAACAGUUACUAUAUAUACCUCAGGUUGUUGUGUACCCAUGGAAAUUAGUUAUCUUAAUAUGGUUUCAGAAAAAUGAGCCAUCAACCUUUGGCACAACUUGGUGAUGGGGGAAAAUGAUCAUAGCGAUGAUAAACUGAGCCCUGUGUGUGUAAAUGGUGCCACCAUUAAAAAUCAAACAAUUUGUUAUUGCCGUUAAUUUAACAAAGGCAAAAACGGACACUUAAUGUAAAACCAUAUAUUUGUUUACUGUUCAAAAUGUUACUUGAACAUUUUAGGGAAGGAUUGAUCUGUUAUCUUUGUGCGUUAGAAAGAAUGUAUGUGUACAUGUACUUUUGUGUACGUACAGCAUGAUGUACAUGGACAUUGUAACACUUGUAUAAUGGUGAUCAAACAUCAACAUGAACUUGUAACAGUGACACAGACUUUGUGUAUGUGUGUGUGUGUGUAUGAAUGAAGUGAACGAUGACUGACAAUUGGCAAUCUACCCCCCCACAUCACUAGCUCGUUUUACCCCACAACCACCAUUUUGACUGUUGCAUAGCUCAGAUUAACAGUAAGGUUAAGUUAAUUAGGUUUGUAGCUCACAUUGACUUAAAUGAACACGUCACAAUGACCAACAUGUCUAUUUGAAUUGAGAUAGAAGACUGAUACAUGAUGAAUUCACUUUGCAU